CGCCAAUCUCAUUGGAGGGCAAAGUCGCUUUACGGCUCAAGACCGCUCUUUACGGCAUUUUCCAGCUUCCCAUUCACUUCGCAGUGAAGAUGGCGUCGGGCAGUGGGACAAAAAACUUGGACUUUCGCCGAAAGUGGGACAAAGAUGAAUAUGAGAAGCUCGCUGAGAAGAGGCUCACGGAAGAGAGAGAAAAGAAGGAUGGAAAACCAGUGCAGCCAGUCAAGCGGGAGCUUCUCCGGCAUAGGGACUACAAGGUGGACCUGGAAUCCAAGCUUGGGAAGACAAUUGUCAUUACCAAGACCACCCCACAGUCUGAGAUGGGAGGAUAUUACUGCAAUGUUUGUGACUGUGUGGUGAAGGACUCCAUUAAUUUUCUGGAUCACAUCAAUGGAAAGAAACAUCAGCGAAACCUGGGCAUGUCUAUGCGUGUGGAACGUUCCACCUUGGAUCAGGUGAAGAAACGUUUUGAAGUCAACAAGAAGAAGAUGGAAGAGAAGCAGAAAGAUUAUGAUUUUGAGGAAAGGAUGAAGGAACUCAGAGAAGAGGAGGAAAAGGCCAAAGCCUACAAGAAAGAGAAACAAAAGGAAAAGAAAAGGAGGGCUGAGGAGGACUUGACAUUUGAGGAGGAUGAUGAGAUGGCAGCUGUCAUGGGCUUCUCUGGCUUUGGUUCCACCAAGAAGAGUUACUGAGGCUUUCUAUGCUUGGCCCUGUGCUGGGCCUAAAUUUGUGUGUGUGUGUGGGAUCAAUUUGGGGGAGACAUUUGGGGAAAGUCCUUCGGAGUGGCCGUGGGGAGGGCUAGAGGGUGGUUGUUUGUGGUUUCCCUCUCCUUUGAGAGAGGGCACAAGAUGCAGAGGUAAUGUUCUGGCACAUUCCUUCACCUCAGUAUAUCACUGGAGUCACAGGACCUCUGCCCAUCUGUGUUUCCAAUAAAGAAAAACCUCCUCUUCUGAGGCUACUAUCCCCAACCCCCCCCCCUGCAUUUUCCCACUUCAUCUUUCCAUUCUCUCCUCUGAGCAUCCUCUGUUUAUCCUGUGUUCAACCUUUGUUCUGAUUUUCACCUUUAUUCAGCCUGCAGUGGAAGGGUUCUCUGGGUACCCAGUUUCCAGUUGAUAGCAUAUCUUUGAUCACCCCACACCCCCAUUUCCUGCAUCCACCCUGUGGGUCUCUGGCCGCCCGUGCAUGCGUGUACUCCUGCCUGGGUUGGUGGUGUGUGCGGGUGUGUGUGCAUGAAUCUGUCACAUAGAGGGAGCUUGAGCUUGAACCUCAGAAUGUUGUUGCCUUGGGGCCUGAUGUUUUCAGCUUCCUCAGCGCAUGUAACAGAAAAUUAAAUGGGACGAGUGUUUGGUGUG